UCUGUUCGUUUCCGGUGUGUGGUUUGUUUCAAAUCACUUUCUGUUUGACACAAUUAGUCUAGUAGAAUUAACUUUCUUAAAAGUGUUUAUGCUCAGCGAACUCUCAGUUCCAUGUGGGUCUAAUAAAAGACAAGAGAAACACUCCCUGCACUACAAGUUCACAGUCCUGACCAAAGCAGGUCCAUUUCCAGCGUUCAGUGCUGUGUGUGAGUCUGAUCACAUCCAGAUCGCUCGCUACCGACCUGAAGAACAGAUCUGGAUGAGAGAGAAUCUGACUGUAGACGCCUGGAACGAAGCUCCUGGAGCGCCGGCUGAAACUAAAGAUGGGUAUCUAGAUCUGAUCGGGAUUCUGUCCAACCGCACCGAGUCUUCUGAGUUGCAUGUGCUCCAGAGAAUGAUUGGCUGUGAGCUGGAGAAACUCCCUGAUGGAGCAGUGAUCAGUCUGAAGGCCUUUGAUGAGUUUGCAUACGAUGGAAAGGAUUUUAUUAGCUGUAAGUAUAACUUUUUCCCGUGGAUGGAUAAAGUCAUAGAAACCGAAAUGAAUCAUCGAACUGGAGGAAACCCAUUUCUCAAGGACUUCCUCAUAAACUGCACUAAGUGGAUCUCCGCGUUUAACAACACGUAUAAGAAUUCACCAGAUGUUGGUGUGUUUGCGAGGAAAGCUCCUGAUGAUCACAGUAAGCUGGUUCUGAUCUGUCUGGUCACUGGUUUCUACCCCAGAGAUAUUGAGAUGAACAUCAGAUUGAACAGAAUUAAUAUUCAGAACCAAAUAUCAUCUGGAGUCAGACCCAAUGAUGAUGAAACCUUUCAGAUGAGAUCCAGUGUGAAGAUCGACAGAAACCACAGAGGAUCUUAUGACUGUCAUGUCAUUCACAGCAGCCUGACAAAACCAGUUUCAGCAGACUGGGAUGGGAAGUGUCUCGGCUGUGAUCCAGAUUCUCCGCAGGCUGUUACAGCAGGAGUCGCAGCAGCAGCGCUGUUUCUAAUCGCUCUCAUUGUGAUCGCUUACUGCGUCUGCAAAAAGAAAUCAUCCAGGGGUCUGUGAAGUUACCAGUGGGAUAUAUAAGAUGAGAAGUUAUGAUUUUACAUUGAUAUUUUAUCAUUUAGCAGAUGCUUAUCCAAUACGAUUUACAAAUGAGGACAAUAGAAGCAAUCCAAACAGCAAAAGAGCAAUAAUGUGUUUUGACAAGUCUUGGUCAGUCUAACACAGUACAUGCAGCAAUAUAUUUUUAUAUAUAUAUAUAUUUUCUUAAGUAGAUAGAAUAGAAAAAGAAUAGGGAACACUAGUGUUAGAGGGACAAUUUUUAUUAUUAUGGAUUAUUAUGAUGUCGACACAUAUUAUCAUCCUCCACACAUACUGUAUGUGUCUCCACAUCACAUUCACUGUCUGUCUUUGUGCAAAGAGAGUAAAAACUCAUCAAAAUUCAGUCCAUGCUGCAGAUGCAUUAAUGUCAUGUGUUUUGAUCAAGAGCUCAGGAUUAACAUAUAUUCACUUAUGUGCUGAUUUUCAAACAAAAUACAGAAAUUUGAUGCAAUUGUACUUACAUGAAUG